AUGGAGAUUCAGACUAACCACGCUUCUUCCCUCUCGAGUGUCGAUCGAUCCAAGUUUGUUUGCUUUGGUCAGGGGCGUAGCAAAGACAUUCCCCAAAAGCUCGUUCAUGAGGCAUUCAGCAAGAUCGCUGCAGAAAACCCGUCGGCUGUUGCGGUCGAACACGAUGGACAGCAGAUUACUUAUCAAGAGCUCGACUUGGCGUCGACCAAUCUCUGUCGGAAACUCAUUAGUCUCGGUCUAUACCCUCGAAAUCGCGUGGUGUUGCUGGUUCAACGCUCGAUACCGAUGAUUGUGGCAAUCUUUGCUGUUCUCAAGAGUGGCUGUCAGUAUGUGCCUAUGGAUGGGGGUGUCGCUUCGGAUACAGCUCUAGCACACGUCCUGUCAGAGGCAGAACCACCCAUCAUUCUAUGUCUCGACAGAUAUUCGCAGAGAGCCCGACAAUUUGCUCUGCCAGAGACACGCGUUUUGUCACUUGAAGACUCUUGGACAACUUCGACCGACUUUGAUGUAGAAAGCGGUCGAAUCGUCGCCGUUGAUCCCGACGACGGUACCUAUGUCAUCUACACUUCAGGUACAUCCUCCCUUCAACCUCAAUCGCACAUUAUCGGCUAA